AUGUUUCGCCUUAUCCGCCUUCCUCUCGCGGGCUUUGCUACAGCUGGAGGAGCAUAUGCUUAUGCCAAUUACAAGGUGGAAGGAAUCAAAAAUGCCUUGAACGAGUUUUGGACGUCGGCCAGUGAGUCAGCAUCAGGCCUGUAUGACUCUGUCUCUGAAACUUCGUCAGAUCUCUUUGAUUCGGCUAGGACGGGGUUCCGUUCCCUUAUGCAGCGUUUGGAAGACAUGAAGAGUGCCCACUUCUGGGAUAAUACAGAAGUGGGGGAAAAGUCGGACGAUUCUUCUGAGGAAGAACUCAACGGUGGUGGCGGUGGCGGUGGCGGUGGCGGUCUAGGUGCUGCUGCUGCUGCUAUUGGUGCUGCCUUAACUGGCUCGUCGAGCGACGAAGAGGAUCGUGAUGACAAACACCAUGAAAACCAAGAUGAGCUGAUGCUUCUUACGCGUAAACUAAUUGAAGUGCGUAAUAUUUUGAAAACGAUUGAUCAUGAUUCGGAUGAGCUCGUUUUACCUAGUAUCGUGGUAAUUGGAUCACAAAGCAGUGGAAAGAGCAGCGUUUUAGAAUCUAUUGUUGGUCAUGAAUUUCUUCCAAAGGGCAAUAAUAUGGUGACUAGGCGUCCUAUUGAACUUACACUUGUUCAUGUUUCGAAGGAUAGGGAGCCUGCGGAUGGCAUCGUUGAAUUUGGUGAAUUUCCGGGGACAGGCAUGGGAAAGAUAACAGACUUUACGAAGAUCCAAAAGAUUCUGUACGAUAUGAACAUGUCUGUACCGCAACAUGAAUGCGUGUCCGAGAACCCCAUUGAACUUCAUAUCCACAGCCCCGACGUGCCCGAUUUGUCUUUGAUUGACUUGCCUGGCUAUGUGCAACUGAGCUCUAUGGACCAGCCUGAGGAGUUGCGCGAGAAAAUCGCGGGUCUUUGCAACAAAUAUAUUAAGGAGCCGAAUGUUAUCUUGGCGGUGUGUGCUGCAGAUGUCGACCUGGCUAAUUCACCGGCACUUCGUGCAAGUCGCAAAGUAGACCCGUUGGGCUUGCGCACAAUUGGCGUUGUGACAAAAAUGGACCUCGUCUCGCCAGAAGUGGGGGCUUCGAUUUUGAACAGCAACAAGUACCCUCUUUCACUUGGUUACAUCGGUGUAGUUUGCAAGCCACCGCCGCAAGUCGGGCAAUCAAUGUUCGCCCUGUCGCGGAGCAACUCAAUCAUUCAGCUCACGCAAGAAUACGAAAAGCGUUACUUCGACGAGCAUCAUGAACACUUCUCGGCACCCACACGAGGACGAAAUGCUGGAGUUGCACCUCUAGUUGGCACUGACAAGCUUCGUCAGCGAUUGAUGGUGGUCCUGGAAGAACAUAUGGGCUCUUCUUUGAGCGGGGUCUCCAAUCUUGUGCGCUCAGAACUAGAUGAUGCUGCCUACCAAUUCAAAGUGCAGUACAAUGAUCGUCAAAUUACCCCUGAAACAUACGUCGCCGAGGUGAUGGAUGUCAUGAAGCAGCGCUUUAAACUCUUUGCUUCUAGUUUUGGUAAACCGGAAGUGCGUUUGUUGCUAAAGAGUGCCCUAGAUGACAAAGUCAUGGAUAUUUUGGCUCAAGUGUAUUGGCAGGACUCGGAGCUUCCAACCUUAAAUGAGUUGAGCCGACAGCGCAAUGUGAAGGUAGAGGACCUCGAUCCCUCAUGGCUAAACAAGCUUGAGCUGUGUUCAUCGUCGUUGACCAAGAGUGGCAUUGGACGAAUGAGUACGCAGCUCGUUGCCACAACUAUCCGCAACCAACUGGAACAGUUGGCUACAGCUGAUCCAUUCAACCAUCAUGUUGAAACUGCUCAGCGCAUUAUUGCAUUUGGAAGUGCCUUGCUAAAGGAUCGUUUCGCUAUCACAGCGGACCAAGUUGAAAAUUGUGUAAAGCCGUUCAAGUAUGAAGUCGAGAUGGAUGCUCGAGAGUGGGAGAAAGGUCGCCAGCAAUCAGUUCAGUUGAUGAAAAAUGAACUCGAUAUGUGUAAUGAAGCGUACGAUCGCCUUAGAAAGCUUGUUGGAUCUAGGCGUUUGCGCGGCGCUAUUGAGUACAUCACACAAUUAGAAGAACGCGAGCGCAAGCGUGUUUCAGAACGUUUGGAGCAAGUGGAGGGACCUGCGCCUGACCUGGAGUCUGAGGACCAGAGCGACCCGACUCGGCCUGGUUUCAACGCGGCUCUUCUGAUGAAAGCAAGAGAGGCGCGAUUCUUGCAGGAUCGUGCGGACAUUCUCCGCCUGCGUCUGGCUGCACUUAAAUCUAGUCGCUGCAAGCUAGGUCCUGAGUCUCAAGCCUUCUGUCCGGAGACCUUUUUGAACGUGGUGGCUGAUAAGCUCACGUACACUGCCGUCAUGUUUAUCAACAUCGAGCUACUCGCUGAAUUCUUCUAUCAGUUCCCGCGGGAGAUCGACGCUCGUCUUGGCUAUGACAUGACACAUGAAGAUAUGGUUAAUUUCGCCCGUGAAAACCCAGCGAUUCGCCAUCAUAUUGAUCUGCAGGAGCGCAAAUCGAAAUUGGAGGAGGUUAUGUUAAGGCUAGAUGAGCUCACACGGCUGUACCGCGAUAAAAUGCCCUCGAAACCGUCGUCAUCUAAGUGGCUCUUUUUCUAA